ACUUAGAGUUCAAAGUACAUUAUUUUUCUUCCCGAGAGUUCAAACCAGAGUGUUAAUUUAGACGCAACACGGCAAUGCCCCUUGACCGUCGAAGCUCAGCAGCCGUAAUCGCUUUCUUUGUAUGGGCUCCGGUAAUCUCGUCGAUGGCUUUCGCCGUUGGUUUCAACGCCGCUCGACUCGCAGCUCCGCUUCCUCCUCUUCUGCCGCUCCAAUUGACGACCUUAUCUCGCCAUUGGAGACGACACCGGAGGAAUCGAACCUGGACUGUUCCUUCAACGACUCCGAUGACUUGGAUCGCUCUGGCCUCCGAUUGAUCCGCGUCCCAAAGCGCAAAUUGACCGUCAUCGAUUUCAAUAAAAAGAACAUUCUUGACUCUGAAUUCUUCACUGAAUAUGGCGAGGCUAGCAAGUAUCAAAUUCAAGAGGUCAUUGGGAAGGGAAGCUAUGGGGUAGUUGGUGCUGCGAUUGACACUCACACGGGAAAGAGAGUGGCGAUUAAAAAGAUUCAUGAUGUCUUUGAUCAUGUCUCGGAUGCUACACGGAUUCUAAGAGAGAUCAAGCUGUUGAGAUUGCUUAAGCAUCCAGAUAUUGUUGAAAUAAAGCAUAUAAUGCUUCCUCCAUCGCGAAGGGAAUUUCAAGAUAUAUAUGUUGUCUUUGAGUUGAUGGAAUCAGACCUUCAUCAAGUGAUAAAAGCAAAUGAUGAUCUUACUCCGCAACAUUACCAGUUUUUCUUAUACCAGCUUCUUCGAGCAUUGAAGUAUAUACAUGCAGCUAAUGUAUUUCAUCGGGACUUGAAGCCUAAAAAUAUACUUGCUAAUGCUGACUGCAAACUGAAAAUUUGUGACUUUGGCCUUGCUCGUGCAUCAUUCAAUGAUACUCCUUCAGCUAUCUUUUGGACUGAUUAUGUGGCAACCAGAUGGUACCGGGCUCCUGAAUUAUGCGGCUCAUUCUUCUCCAAAUAUACGCCAGCAAUUGAUAUUUGGAGUAUUGGAUGCAUAUUUGCUGAAAUGCUGAUAGGAAAACCGCUAUUUCCUGGGAAAAAUGUGGUCCAUCAAUUGGAUCUGAUGACUGAUCUGCUUGGUUCUCCAUCUGCUGAAACCAUUUCUAGGAUUCGAAAUGAAAAAGCUAGAAGGUACCUUAACAAUAUGCGGAAAAAAUUGGCAGUUCCUUUUUCACAGAAGUUCCCAAAUGCAGAUCCUUUUGCUGUCCGAUUAUUAGAGCGCUUGCUUGCAUUUGAUCCAAAAGAUAGGCCGUCCGCUGAGGAGGCACUUGCUGAUCCAUAUUUUCAAGGUCUUGCCAAUGUAGAUCAGGAACCUUCAAGCCGGGCCAUAUCGAAGCUUGAGUUUGAAUUUGAAAGGAAGAAAUUGAAUAAAGAUGAUGUAAGAGAAUUGAUUUAUCGAGAGUUCUUUAAAAGCAAACAGAUUUUAGAGUAUCAUCCGAAGAUGUUAGAGGAGUAUCUUCAAGGUGGUGAGCAGAUUAGCUUUAUGUAUCCGAGCUAUUGCAACCUUCAGUAUUUAUAUUUAGGGAUGCUAUGGAGUGGUGUUGAUCGUUUUAAACGACAAUUUGCUCAUCUUGAAGAGAACUAUUGCAAAGGAGAAAAAAGCACUCUGCUACAGCGACAGCAUGCAUCUUUACCAAGGGAAAGGAUCUAUGUGCCAAAGGAUGAAGUUCCUGAUCAUAACAAGGACUUCGAGAAAAGUGUAGAUUUUGUUGCUCAAACUGCUGUUCAAAGCCCUCCGAGGUCUAAUCAAAGUAACGGGCCAAAUUGUGAAUUAGAUAUCCAAGCUGACCUAAACAAACCUAAUUGCACUUCCUGCAAUUUUCAUAAAAGUGCUAGCAUCAGUGCUUCCAAGUCUGUUGCUGACAAAGCAAUGAAAGAUAUAAAAGAUGAAAUAAUUCCAAACCAUGCAGAUGAACAAGUUGAUGGAUUGCCGCAUGAAAUGUCUGAGCUUUAUGCUUAAUUCAUCAUGGAAGCAAUGUGGAUUAGUUGUCUGCAUAACUAUUUUGCCAUGCGAUGAAGACUGUGAUCUUAUUUCAGAAGAUAUUUCAGGGCUUAACAGCCAACAAAGAUGCUUGCAAGAUGGUAAUGACCAAAACUCCCUAAUUCGAGAUUUGUUUGUGUUGUAGCCAUUAAGAUCAGGUCCUUCACGAGGAACCCUAAGAUGGUAACAGCAAAAUAAUAUUGCGAUUCUUCAAUAAGAGAAUGGUUUUGAUUUUGCCCAAUUUUGGUGAAUUUGGAAUAUUUCUAAGGAUAUAUUUUACAUCAGUUUUACUAUAUUUAAUGCAUCAAAAACUACAAUUUGUCCA